AGUGAAACCAUAUAAGUGUAACUCUUUGGUAAAAACAAAGGAUUUUUUAUCUCUGGAGUCAGUAUUUUCCAUGUUUGCUGACAGUUCCCUAACUCUUGCCGUUCUUGAGAGGAAAAUUGAGUUUCCUAAAUUUCCAGGCGGAAAUUUUAAAAUUGGCUCCUGUGAAGAACCUUGUAAAUGGUUUUUAUAGAUAUAUUGAGAACAUUUUAGCAUUCUAGCUCUUAUAGGUUUCGCUAUACAAUUAUUAUCAGUGAUCACCAAUUAUUAUUAAUUUCAUCCGUAAGUUCUGCCUGUUUUCUACAGACUUUAUUGAUGUACGAGAAAAGGAGACGAGACGCAGAACCCGCGGUGUUCGUAUGCCUGAACUACAAUCCUUUGAACAGAAACAGCAAAAGCACAAGUUGAUAAAUAUCGAUAAUGCUAGGAGCUCUCGGGAGACAAAUAUAAAUCUCAGUACACAUGGAGGUAUUCAGCAAAGUGUUACAGAAGCUCAAGCUGAAAAUAAAGUCAAUCCUUUGAUGCUAUCAACACAACCUUCUUUAGUGUCGUUGCCAAAACAAGGAUCUGGUAGUGAAAAUAAGAAGAAUUUAGGGUUGUAUAUUAAUCCAGACGAUUUAUUACAACUUCAGGAGCGCAUUUCGAAAGAAAUUCUUAAUUCUAAAUUGCAGGAAAAAGAGAUGAUCGAACUACAGGACAAAAUUAAUCGCGAAAUUUUAAGCUCAAACCUUUUCAACGGAGAUAGCACUGCAAAACGACGAAAGCAUAAGCGGAAAAAUUCACGGGCAGUUACUGUCUCUAAAGAUGUCCCUGUUUUGUCAAGCGCAAACUUAAAAGCACGCAGUCUUAUGAACUUACAUAACAAUGAAGCUGGACGAAGAGCUGUUAUAAAGAAGACUCGCAUAACUUGCAAAUGCCAUGGAGUAUCAGGCUCCUGCAGUUUGAUAACAUGUUGGCAGCAACUAUCAUCUAUUCGAGAGAUUGGAGACUACUUGCGAGAGAAGUAUGAAGAAGCGACUGAAGUUAAAUUAAACAAACGUGGAAGAUUGCAAGUAAAAAACAGUCAGUUUAAAAUUCCUACUGCGCAUGAUUUAAUAUAUUUGGAUGAGAGUCCUGAUUGGUGCCGGACAAAUCGUCUCCUGCAGUGGUCCGGUACACAUGGUCGUGUUUGUAACAAAACCUCAUCAGGUCUUGAUGGAUGUGGAAUUCUUUGUUGUGGUCGAGGCUACAACACUAAAAAUAUUGUUGUUCGAGAACGCUGCAAUUGCAAAUUCCACUGGUGCUGCCAAGUAAAAUGCGAAGCUUGUACAAAAAUUCUUGAGGAGCAUACAUGUAAAUAAGUUAUUCUUUAAGCAGUAUACAAAAUGUCCAUAUGACCAUAAUUCACAUUAAAAAUAUUUAUAUAGAACUAA